AUGAAAAUAAUAGGACUUAAGGGCUUAGAGGAUGGAAGAGUAUGUUUAGUUCUACUACUAGGUUACAAAUCUCUAUUUUCUGAAAUUUGAAUUCAUGGAGAAAGUUUGCUUUGUGUUCAAUCUCGUUGGGAUAAUUUUGGCAGCAAUCUAGUAUGAAUUGGAAUUUGAAGAAUACGACUCUGAUGAUCCAUUUAGAGAUGUAUAGAAAUUAUGUAAAUUAGAUAUCGUAAUGGCUGCUAUGGAUGAUAGCUGGUUCAACUCUUCUCUUGAUAUACUUUACAUAUUAUCGUUAUUAGACCAAAAUAUAAUGGUUAAAGUCCAGAGGAGUGAUUGGUCCAAGAGAAAAGUUUUACGAUAUCAAUGAGAACUUCUACAUGAUAAUUGAGAUCGUAAUAUACUGUCUAAUACCUUUAUCGUUCACUGAGACCAUGAGGAUCUCUUUUUAUAAUGUAGCUCAAGGAGCAGAAGCCUAUUAUCAUAUCAAUGAAAUGCUAACACUAUUAAUGGUGGUCAGAGUAAUCUAUCUCUAUAGGACAGUCUUGACAUUGACAUUUUGGGCCAGCAAUAGAACAUUAAGAGUUUGCGAUCUCUAUUCUUGCGAGCAUAACUAUUUGUUUGUUGUAAAAUCUCUUUUAAAAACUUCUCCUUACCUUACCUAAUUUUUGAUGUUAUUAUCACUUAUUUUUGUGUUUGGCUACCAAUUAAGAAUUUGUGAACGACCAUUAACAAGAUUUAAUGAAAAUAUUGACAAUUUGGGUGUCUAUUAUAAUAGUGUUUGGUGUAUAAUUAUAACAAUAACAUUUGUUGGUUAUGGUGACUACUAUCCUAGGACAGAUUUAGGCAGAUUCGUUGUUAUAGUUGUGUGUAUUAUUGGAGUAUUUUUAAUGUCUGUCAUGAUUGUGGCUUUUAUUGAAUCACUCAAGGCAACACCAAUUGAGAGUUAGACCAUGUCCCUUUUGGAAAGAAUUCGUCUGCGUGAACUAGUCAAAAACGAAGCUGCCUAAGUGAUUAAAUUAAGCAUGUAACAAGCAUUUAGAUGGAGGUAAAUGUAUAUAAAUAAUUGUAGGAAUGGUACGUUGACAGAAAAAAAAUAGCAUUAAAUAGAGAUAGCUUUAAGAUUAGCUUUAUAUAACUUCAAGUUUGCAUUACAACAAUAGAGCAAAUUUGGAAUGGAUAAUUAGAGUGAAAAUAUCAUUAAUCAUAUUGGAUUUUUGGGCUUGGAUCUGAAGUAAUUAAGAAAUGAGUAAAAUUGGGAUGUCAGAUUAGUGAUGGAAAAGUUAGAAAAAUAAGAAUAACUUUCAAAAUAAUUGAUGGAAAAGUUGAACGCCGUUUUAUCAGAAAAGAAGUGACA